AUGGCCAUGCCUGACAGGAGAGAGGCCGAAAAGAUGCGGCAAAACCCUCACAGAGUGCACGAAUUUAGGCUGGCGAAUUUGCUGACAGAUCCAUUCGCUAUAUCGCUACUGUCGCUGGCACUGAUAUCGUGGAUCAUUGCAUUCGCGGGGUCAAUAGCAGCAGCGGCCAACAACCGAAAUUAUCCUCCAUUUGCGUGGUGGGGGAUUGUGUACGAGUUGCUGUUGUUGAUUGCCGUUUUCCUGCUCUACUGCUACGAUUUGGUGGACUACUACAAGGCAUUUCUUUCCGGAGCUCUGGCCGUCGCUUUCAUCUACACAACAAAUAGCACGGCUGACUUGAUCUACCGUGAUGGUUCCAAGGUGGCUGCUGCGUCAGCAGGGCUGAUUCUGUUGUCGAUGAUCAACGCCAUCUGGCUAUUCUACUUCGGUGCAGAUAAUGCUGCGCCGUCGAACAGAUGGGUGGAUUCGUAUUCGCUCAAAGGCAUCCGACACUCAGUUCUGGAGUCUUCAGUUGCGCUGAAUAGCAAAAGUGCAAUGGUGGGGCGUAAUAUGUCAAAAUAUUCAGCCAACCCACACGAGGACGCGCUUUACACUGAGCAAAUUCCUCAGUCUACCAGCUUCUAUCCAGAUGCGCACUCUCAACACUACGUCUCAUCUACUGCGCUAAAUGGAUUCGAAAACGCAGGCCCUCCUGCUGCCCCAGCGCUCCAAAACAACGCUCCAAACUCGCACAACUUAAACACGUAUUUCACAGAUACUACCAACGGAAAUACAGAAACAACAAUGGGUGACACUUUGGGACUAUAUAGCGAUGCUGGAAACGAACUGGGUAGUUUCCCAUACACAGCCAAGGCACUCUACACCUACUCUGCCGACUCAAACGACGCGUAUGAGGUAUCAUUCGAGCAGGGUGAGAUUUUGAGGGUCGGAGACAUCGAAGGUAGAUGGUGGAAGGCUAAGAGGGCAAAUGGUGAAACAGGCAUUAUUCCAAGCAAUUAUGUAGAGUUGGUUGGUGACGGGACAUUUUAG